CUUCAAUUAGUCUUUUAUGUAUUAUAAAGUCUAGGCAUAUGCCCUCAAACGCGUUCUACUCGUCGUCUGUCGUACGUUAGCUAUCAAAAGGGGGAGAUCCGAGUGCGGGAUUUGAAAAUUGACGGUCCCAAAGUCUUUCACUGGCCCAAGUUCUCUGCUGUGCAAUUGCCAUACCACUGUCAUUUUGAACCCUGCCAUGGCUAACGUAUUACCACACGACAAAAAACAACUUCGAGCUUGUUUACUUUGCUCUCUUGUAAAGAAUGCCUCACAGUUCAGAGAAUCUGGUUGUGAGAACUGUGAGGAUAUAAUGCGGAUGCAAGGAAGUGUUGAACGUGUGGCAGAGUGCACAAGUGCCAACUUUGAUGGUGUUAUUGCAAUGAUGCGACCAGACGAAAGUUGGGUUGGCAAGUGGCAGCGCAUAGACAAAUUUACACGAGGAAUAUACGCCGUACGAGUAUCUGGUCGGAUACCGGAUGACGUAGAAGAUGAACUUGAUCGAAGGGGCAUUACAUACCGACCACGCGAUGGUAGCGCCAGAGACUAAACAAAUACAAAACACUGGAAAUGAAAUAAUAAAAAGAGAAAGAUGUACACCAUUUGCCCCAAUUUCAGUUGGCAACCCAUCCAAUUCGUACAGAUCAAAUUUCUUUAGCAGUGUAUAGACAUGGAUUUAAUGCGGUUAAAACGUGCGAAACAAAAAAGAAAAGCAAAUGGAUGAAUGACGACGAAAAAUUAAGA